ACGUGACCGCCUUCCGCCUGGAGUUUGCGCGACAGCUGGACAGAAAGGUUUACUCGGUGGGAGGAUUCGGGGUCCGAUUUCUUUACACUUUAAUUGCUACAACAUCCUGUUGAGAUGGGAGACAAGAAGAGUCCGACAAGGCCGAAGAGACACUGCAAGCCCCCGUCGGACGAGGGCUAUUGGGACUGUAGCGUCUGCACUUUCAGAAACACCGCUGAGGCGUUCAAAUGUAUGAUGUGCGACGUUAGAAAGGGGACGUCAACGCGUAAACCUCGCCCCGUUUCUCAGAUUGUGGCUCAGCAAGUAACGCCGCAAUUCGCUUCACCUACACAACCCAAAAAGGAGAAGAAGGAAAAGACGGAGAAGGACAAAAACGACAGGGAGCCAGCACUGAAAAAGAACAGCCACAAAAAGAUGAGGCCACGGUUAAAAAACAUUGACAGAAACAGUGCACAGCACUUGAAAGUCACAGUGGGCGAUCUGACGGUCAUCAUCACAGACUUUAAGGAGAAAACAAAACCCCUUUCUACAUCCAGCUCAUCCUCCACGGCCACGUCAGCAGACCCACAAAGCCAGAGUGGAUCCAGCUCAGAUAACACUGAGAAAGCAGUCUCAAGAUCAUCCUCUCCUCAAGGUGAAGGCACAUCAGUCAAUGGGGAACCACACUAACCCCUGAGAACCCUGUAUUCUGGUCAACAAUGUUACAGACAGCAUCACUUAAAUUACUCCCUUCUCUGACUCCUCCUCAAUGGGACUGGAUGGGGCUUUGAGUUUCCCAGCAACAUUUACUGCACUAAGAUCAUAGGAAGGUCUCGAAAGUAGCAAGAUGUCAUAAAUGCCCAUGCUGAACUACCAUCAUCACAUCUAAGAAUAAACCGCUUUUGGAACUCUUUGCUCUGAUUACCAUCAUACUUCUCUGUGUUUUCUGAGCAUUGGAGCUACAUAGAGAGACUUGUUGGCUCAAAGACGAUUACUGAUGUUAAGUUUCCAGGAAUUAAAAGGCAAGAUAAUGUAUUUAAGGGGCACAGAUUUUACAGUGGUUCUCAAUCUCAUGCACGGCCACAUCUCAGUUGAGGUAACUAGGUGUUUUAGAUCAUUGAGAACAUAGGGCUUGUUUUGGCUUGACAAGGUGCUGCACAGAGCAUUGCUGGCGAAGCUGACCAGCUCCCUUCUCAGCUCUUCCCCAACGGCAGGCAGCUCUCGCCAACCACCAAGGCAAGGUGCAGUUACUUUCAAACAAGACUAUAAACUAGCAAUGCUUAGGUCUCCAGGACUGAGACUGAGAACCACAAGUAUAGCAUAAGGUCAUAAUAUUGUAAUAACAUGAUCGUUUAUAUUCAUUCUUUAACACAGAGUAUUUUGGUAUGAGUUUCACACAGGUGGAAAGUUUACAGAGUAUAAAUGUGAAGAGUUUUAAGUAAUGACUGAUAUUAGUAGAUCAUAAAUGGUAGGUCUCAGAAUCUGGGUAAAGGCACUGUUUUAAUGUCUGUCUGAUGAGAAAAUAAGUUUUGAAACAGUUUUUUCAAAAGUUGUUCAUAAGUUGCUUCAUCAAGUCACUGUCUGAGUUUUAUAAAUCUUGAAUUUUGUGUUUGGUUAUUGCUACAUUAUUACCAUGAUGUAUUCAAUGACAUAAGGUUUAAAAUUGAUUACUUCAUCAGGGUCUGUGUUGAAAAAGAAUUCUUGUUUGCACUGAGGGUGUUAAAGGGGUUUUCCACCAUUGUGUGCUUUAUGUCCAGCUUUUAUAUAGUGUCAUCAUAAGAAUAUUAGGAUUGAAAGAGUUUUUAUAAAACACUAUAGUAAAUGCCUUAUUCAUCAUUCUUUUCCACGUAUUCGUGCUGGACUUAAUGCAGGAAUGUGGUACUGAAGCAUGAUGGAUGUCCCUUUAUUUGCAUUCUUUAUAUUAUCCUUCAUUAACAUCAGACCAUUUUUCUCUGAAUCAUGUAGUAGCCUACAUUUGCAAUAUGAACUUAAAAGCAUCUUUUCAUGUUUCUGUUGGUUAGAGCACUUGGUAGAAAUCUGUAGAUCUGUGGUCUUUGGUUUAUUUUAUCUGUUUCUUGCAUCUUAAAAGCCCAUUUGAUUUUAAUGUGCUUCUUAUUGGCUAGAUUAUCAACAAAAGCCAUGUUUCUGACAAAAGAGGUGUGUAUGUGUGGGGGUGUGUGUAUUUUGAGUAUUUUUUUAGGAAAGGCUUUGCUGAAGACAAAAUAAUUUAAAUUGUGAAUUUGACUUCUGUUAUUAGCUCAAACAUUUGUACUGCUUUUCCAAAUUAAAUCAAAAUAUUUAUAACCAUGA